AUGGUCGUCGAGGAGGUAUGUAAGAUGGCACGCGCGACGAGCCAUCCAGUUGCGUUGGAUCCGACCUCCCAAGCAACGAGAUGCGAGACGGAGACGGGAGCGUGCCCUGUCCGGGUCGUAUCUCGGCGCAUGAUCCAGCCGCCGUCGGAGGAGCCUGUGCUGGACAUCCACCUCACGCCCUGGGACCUCCGCCUCAUCAGCACAGACUACAUCCAGAAGGGCAUCCUCCUGCCCAAGCCUCCCGCCGGCGUCGCAGGAGAGCGCCUCGUCGACGCCCUCGCGUCUUCCUUCGCGCUCGCCCUCGCCAGGUUCUACCCCUUCGCCGGCCGCCUUGCCGUGGAGCAGCACGAUGGCGGGAAGACCAUCGCCGUCCUGUUGCGCUGCACGGGCGAAGGCGCCGAGUUCAUCCACGCGGCAGCGCCCGGCGUCACCGUCGCCGACAUCACCGGCUCGCUUCGCAUCCCUCCGGUGGUCCGCGACUUCUUCUCGCUCAACCACGUGCUCGACGCCGACGCUGCCGCGGACGCGGGGUCACCACCGCUGCCCGUGCUGUCGGCGCAGGUCACCGAGCUCGCCGACGGCGUCUUCGUCGGCAUGUCCCUGAACCACUCCGUCGGCGACGGCACCGCCUUCUGGGAGUUCUUCAACACCUGGUCGGAGAUCCACCGAGGCGGCGAGAUGGCAUCGACGGCGCGGCCGGCACCGUUGGUCCGGAGGUUCUUCCUCGACGCCUGCCCCGUGCCGGUCCGCAUGCCGUUCGGCGAUCUGCGGCACAUCGUCCGGCGGUUCGAGCGCCCGACGGUGGAGGAGUGCUUCUUCACCUUCUCCGCCGCGAGCAUCCGGAAGCUCAAGGCCAGGGCGAACGACGAGAUAAUGGCGGCCGCCACGGUCUCCUCGCUCCAGGCCGUGCUAGCGCAUCUCUGGCGGGCGGUGUCCCGCGCCCGGCGCCUCCCGCCGGGGCAGGAGACUUCUUAUACUCUGGUCAUCGGAUGCCGGGGACGCGUGGACGGCGUACCAGCGCAAGGUUACAUGGGCAACGCCGUGGCGUUCGGCAAGGCGAGCUGCACCGCCGGCGAGAUCCAGGACAAAGGGCUAGGCUGGACGGCGUGGCAGCUGAACCGCGUGGUGGCAUCGUUCGACGAGGCUUCCGUGGAGGAGUGGCUGGAUCGCUGGACCCGGGAGCCCGAUUUCUUCUACGUGGGGAACCUAUCCUCCGGUGGCGAUUCGCUCACCACCGGGAGCUCACCGCGGUUCGACGUGUUUGGGAACGACUUUGGGUGGGGGAAACCGGUCGCCGUGAGGAGCGGCGCCGGGAACAAGAUAGACGGGAAAGCCACGGUCUUUGAGGGGCCCGAGCGGGGAGGCAGCAUGUCGCUGGAGGUGUGCAUUGCCCCAGCCGCGCUCGAGAGGCUUCUCGGCGAUGAGGAAUUCAUGGACUCCGUGAGCAUGCCCAUGUGAUCAGCUCGGAAACAUGUGUGUGCUGCAUGUUUCUUCAAUUUAUCAUCUGUUGCAAUUCCAACAUGUGAGUGGUGAAUGAUUUAGCAAUGCCUAUUCGCAAAAAAUAAGAUGAUUUAGCAAUGCCAAUCACCAGUUCAAAUGUUUC